AUGGCUGAUGGGAAGAAGCCACAUAAAGGAGGAAAGAGGCCCGAAGUUGACACUGCCUUUGAAAUCCCUGAUGACAUAUAUAAGGAUUACUGUACACCUGAUGAGGCCAAGUUUGGAAAAGAGGACAAGAAUGCGCGCAAGGUGCGCAUUCAGAGGAUAGAAAGGAGAUGGGCAAGAGAAUGCAGGGAGUACAGUGAGAGUGCUGAUGAGGAGCUCGUCGCCGACCUUCUCGUCGAGAUCGCGGAGCUCAUCGGCAAGCUUUUUGAGUUGCAUGCAAAAAUCGUAGAUGUACGAAUCAAGCUGCUGGCACCCAUAAAACUCGCGGUGGAGGAGGACCUUGCGCUGCAGUUUGUUGUCGGUGAAGAGGCCGUUGAGCUUGUUCCAGACGACGUAGGCGUCGUCAUCAUCAUCCGCCACCACGUGGAGAGGUCCUUGGAGAUGGUGAGAUGCACAAGCGGCGUGGCAUGGAGGGAUCUCACUAAGGUCCCAACAAAUGGCCCUCCUCCACUGGAAAGCUACUCUUGCAAGCCCGCCGCUGCAGAUGAGCUCUUGCAGGAGAACACCAGCCCCUGCAACUGGACGGGCAUAAUGUGCACGGCUGUUCGCCAUGGCCGCCGCAUGCCCUGGGUGGUGACCAACAUCUCUCUGCCGGAUGCUGGCAUCCAUGGAAAGCUUGGUGAGCUCAACUUCUCGGCUCUUCCAUUCCUCUCACAUAUCGACCUUCAUAACAAUAGCCUCCAUGGUGCACUACCCACUACUAUCAGCUCCCUGUCAGUACUUUUGGAACUCAACCUUGAGCAGAACCAGCUCGCAGGGAAAAUUCCUUGUGAGAUUGGUGACCUGCAAAGUCUCAUGCUGCUUGAUCUCUCAUUUAACAAAAUCACAGGACAUAUCCCUGCAUCUCUUGGUAACCUAACAAUGUUAACUCAACUUGGCAUUCACCAAAACAUGGUAUCAGGUCUCAUUCCUGAAGAGAUUGGAAGGCUUGUCAACCUCCAAGUUCUACAACUAAGCAACAGCAGCUUAAGCGGAUUGAUACCGAAAACCAUUGGUAAUCUGACCCAACUAAAUACUCUGUACCUGUUUGGGCCGAUGCCUUCAGAAGUGGGCGGCUUGGUAAAUCUCCAAGGAUUAUACUUGUCCGAGAACCAAAUAUCUGGCUCUCUUCCUGACAGCUUAGGAAAUAUUACCAAUAUUGUUGUUGCAACUGUUGUCAUAGUAAUACUUACUCGUAUGAAGAGGAAACCACAAGAAAGUGUUACCACUGAAGCAACGGGCCUAUUCUCUGUUUGGAAUUUUGAUGGAAGAUUAGCAUUUGACGAUAUUGUAAGGGCAACAGAAGACUUUGAUGAUAAGUACAUCAUUGGAAUAGGAGGAUACGGCAAAGUCUACAAGGCACAACUCCAAGACGGGCAGCUAGUUGCUGUCAAGAAGCUUCAUCAGGCCGAAGAGGAGUUGGAUGAUGAAAGAAGGUUCCGUAGUGAAAUGGAAAUCUUAACACGGAUCAGACAACGAAGCAUUGUCAAAAUGUAUGGAUUUUGCUCCCAUCCAACAUAUAAGUUUCUAGUCUACGACUACAUUCAGCAGGGAAGCCUCCACAGGACAUUGGAAAUUGAGGAGCUAGCAAAGGAAUUGGAUUGGCACAAGAGAAUUGCUGUUGCAAAUGAUGUGGCUCAAGCAGCUUUUGUAUCAGAUUUUGGCACAGCAAGGAUUCUUAAGCCCGAUUCAUCAAACUGGAGCGCGCUAGCAGGAACAUAUGGCUACAUUGCUCCUGAAAUGGCAUACACAUCUGUUGUGACUGAGAAAUGUGACGUCUAUACUUUUGGCGUGGUUGUGCUAGAGUUAGUGAUGGGAAAGCAUCCAAGGGAUCUAUUAGAUGGUAUCUCAAGCGGGGAACAAGAUGUGUUGGUGGAAGAUAUUCUAGACCAACGGCUGACAACACCAACAAGAGCAGAAGAGGAUAGCUUGGCUCUGCUCGUCAACCUGGCCUUUUCUUGCUUGGAAUCUUCUCCGCAGGCAAGGCCAACCAUGCGGGAGGCAUACCAAGCACUCAUCCAGUGA